CAGAGGGAAGAUAUUGGGAAAAAAAAAUAUCGGCAAAGAGACGCAGUUGAGAAUUGAAGGUAGUAGGUCAAGGAUUGGUGUAUGAAAAGUUAUGGGGUUAUGUGAUGGAGGGCCUGCUAGGUCCCUGUUAAAAAGCCUAUGCAAGAAACAGAAAAGCAAAAGCAAUAAGAAAAAUAAAAUAGGAAAGAGAGCGCACUCAGAGUAGAGAUAGGGUCGUAAUGGAGAACGGACGGAAACGCUCAUGUGAGUGAAAAUCCAAUUACAGUAUCUUCAGAGUCUAAUUGAGGUGUUCAUAUCCCCACUCUCUUUCUUCUCUUUUUUUUGUCUCAACGCAAUUAUUUUGAGAUCCAGACAACCACCCACCGAACUUCCUUACUUUUUCCUCGCACACUUUGGUUUGCAACUGGCACAAACUGCAUUAAAAACCGCCCUCCAUAAAGCCCACUUCUCUAUUUCCAUUCCCCUAUCUCACUCUCAUUUCCUAAUCGAGAGGGUGAGAAAGAAACAUGGGUUCGUUUCUAAAAUCUUUCCUUCUGAUAAUUCUCUCCUUUCUGUUUCUGGGUCUCUAUGAUGUGUCCCUAGCGGCAACGGAGAACCAGAAGAGCACUUACAUAGUACACGUGGCAAAAUCCGAAAUGCCGGAAAGCUUCGACCACCACACACAGUGGUACGAGUCGUCUCUGAAAUCCGUGUCCGACACAGCAGAAAUGCUGUACACCUACGACAGCGCGAUCCACGGAUACGCCACGAGAUUAACGGAGGAAGAAGCACGUUUGCUUGAGAGCCAAACGGGGAUUCUAGCGGUGUUGCCUGAGUUAAGAUACGAGCUUCACACAACGAGGACACCUCAGUUUCUUGGACUGGACAAGAGCGCCGACAUGUUCCCUGAGGCAAGUUCAGGGAGCGAUGUUAUCAUUGGAGUCCUCGACACUGGUGUUUGGCCCGAAAGCAAGAGCUUUGACGACACUGGACUCGGACCCAUUCCCAGUGGCUGGAAAGGCGAGUGCGAAACGGGUACAAAUUUCACCGCUUCCAACUGUAACAGAAAGUUGAUAGGAGCAAGGUUCUUUUCAAAGGGUUGUGAGGCCAUGUUGGGUCCAAUCGAUGAAACCAAAGAGUCUAAAUCUCCGCGUGACGACGAUGGCCACGGAACUCAUACCGCGAGCACAGCCGCGGGUUCGGUGGUUUCGGGCGCCAGCUUAUUCGGCUACGCGGCUGGGACGGCGCGUGGGAUGGCCACGCACGCUAGAGUCGCUGCUUACAAGGUUUGCUGGGCCGGAGGGUGUUUCAGCUCCGACAUUUUGGCUGCGAUCGAAAGGGCAAUUUCGGACAACGUUAAUAUGAUGUCUUUAUCGCUCGGUGGUGGAAUGGCUGAUUUUUACAGAGACAGUGUCGCUAUUGGAGCUUUUGCGGCAAUGGAGAAAGGGAUUCUUGUGUCUUGCUCCGCUGGGAACGCGGGUCCCAGUCCCUAUAGUCUCUCCAAUGUGGCACCGUGGAUCACUACCGUGGGCGCUGGCACUCUGGAUCGUGACUUCCCGGCUUAUGUUAGCCUCGGAAAUGGACUUAACUACUCUGGUGUGUCACUCUACCGUGGCAAUGCUUUACCCGAUUCUCCUUUGCCAUUUGUUUACGCAGGGAAUGCUAGUAACGCCACCAACGGUAAUUUGUGCGUGACGGGCACCUUGACGCCGGAGAAAGUCGCCGGAAAGAUUGUGUUGUGCGACCGUGGAUUGACCGCCAGGGUUCAGAAAGGGGCGGUGGUGAAAUCCGCCGGAGGUUUGGGCAUGGUGCUGAGCAACACCGCCGCUAACGGCGAAGAACUGGUUGCCGACGCUCAUCUUUUGCCGGCGACGGCGGUGGGUGAAAGAGCCGGCGAUGCCAUCAAAAAGUAUCUGUUUUCUGACAUGAAACCGACGGUGAAGAUUUUGUUUGAGGGAACUAAGGUGGGAAUUCAGCCAUCUCCGGUGGUUGCAGCGUUUAGCUCUCGAGGCCCGAACUCAAUCGUCCCGCAGAUCCUGAAACCCGACCUGAUCGCGCCAGGUGUCAACAUCUUAGCAGGGUGGUCCAGGGCCGUGGGUCCCACCGGGCUAACCGUUGAUGAAAGGCGCGUGGAUUUCAACAUCAUUUCAGGCACGUCCAUGUCCUGCCCUCACGUGAGUGGUCUAGCCGCGUUGAUAAAAUCGGCUCACCCGGAGUGGAGCCCAGCCGCGAUUCGAUCGGCUCUUAUGACAACGGCUUAUACGGCUUACAGAAACGGUCAGAAAUUGCAGGACAGUGCUUCGGGGAAACCAUCCACACCGUUCGAUCACGGAGCUGGACACGUGGAUCCCGUAGCUGCCCUUAAUCCGGGACUGGUGUAUGAUCUGACGGUGGAUGAUUACCUAGGCUUCCUCUGUGCACUGAACUACACAGCCUCUGAAAUCGCAACACUGGCAAAGAGAAAAUUCCAGUGCAACGCGAGCAAGCAAUACAGUGUGACUGAGCUUAAUUACCCUUCAUUUGCGGUGGUGUUUGACAGUGGGUCCAGCGUAGUUAAACACGCGCGAAUUCUCACUAACGUGGGGCCCGCGGGAACGUACAAGGUUUCCAUGACGUCAGAUACACCGUCCGUGAAAAUCUCGGUUGAACCGCAAGUGUUGAGUUUCAAGGAGAACGAGAAGAAAAGUUUUACCGUUACCUUUACUUCCUCGGGUUCGCCCCAACAGAAGGUGAAUGCUUUUGGGCGGUUGGAAUGGUCUGAUGGGAAGCACGUGGUUGGAACCCCAAUUUCGAUUAAUUGGGGUUGAUCAUAGGUUCAUUACUCACUCGAAGAGGGGUGUGUCUUGAUUGGGUGUGUCUUGAUUGGCUAGUGGUUAUAACUUAUAUUUAUAUAGUUUUAUAUAUAUUUGAAUUUCGCGAACAAAAUGUUGGGUUUGUCCAGCUGGAAAUUGAUGAUGGCUGGGACCUUGUGUUUGGUUGGUGUUGGGCUGUUUGUGACCUGGGAGAAAUGUUGCAAGGGAGAGAUAACGUUUGCCUUAUGUAAUUCUUCCAGUGUACAGCGUUCUAAUCAUUGAUGAAUAUGACCUUUCUGGCACUAGGUUUCAUUCAACUAUUGCCUACCUAAUUUAAUAGACUUCAGACUGUUUUAUUUCCCUCCUGCUAGUUUUGCAACCAGUUUCACACGCGAUAGAUCUCCGUUAACUAAUAAUACACAAUUAAUGGUAUUCAAAAAGCCGGUGGAUAUUUC